GAAAGGCCAGAUAGCUGGGAAGAAACGGGAACAAGACACCAACCAUGAACUCCAGCCAGUCUGGGGGUUGCCCAUGCCAGGGCUCUGCAGGCCGCCCAGCUAUUCUGUAUGCACUUCUGAGCCCCAGCCUCAGGUCCAGGCCCAUUGCACCGGCGUCUCGCAGCCACUGUCUGUGCCAGCAGCACCGGCCUGUUCACCUGUGUGCUCCACACCGCACCUGCCGGGAGGCUCUGGAUGUCCUAGCCAAGACAGUGACAUUCCUCCGGAACCUGCCUUCCUUCUGCCACCUGCCCUACGAGGAUCAGCGGCGGCUGCUAGGGGGCUGCUGGGGCCCCCUCUUCCUGCUUGGGUUGGCCCAAGAUACUGUGACCUUUGAGGUGGCUGAGGCUCCCGUGCCCAGUAUACUUAAACAAAUCCUACUGGAGGAACCCAGCAGCAGUACCCAGGGUACCCAGAAACCAGACCGGCCACAACCCUCACUGGCUGCUGUGCGGUGGCUCCAGCGUUGUCUGGAGUCUUUCUGGAGCCUUGAACUGGGUCCCAAGGAGUAUGCCUACUUGAAAGGAACCAUUCUUUUCAACCCAGAUGUGCCAGGCCUCCAUGCCUCCUGCCACAUCGCCCACCUGCAACAGGAGGCUCACUGGGCCUUGUGCGAAGUCCUGGAGCCCUGGUACCCAGUUAGCCAAGGCCGCCUGGCCCGGAUCCUCCUCAUGGCCUCUACUCUCAAGAACAUCCCCUGCAGCCUGCUGGUGGACCUCUUUUUCCGCCCCAUCAUCGGAGAUGUUGACAUCACUGAACUGCUCGAAGACAUGCUUUUGCUGCGGUGACCUGCAGAGUGGGGUCCGGAGCUUCUGAAGGGGAGGAGCUCAACUCCCCAGGAGUAGCCCUCACUUCAGCCACAGCCCCCGUUUGGACUUCCUUGGCUUGGACACAAUGUACUACUAACUGCCUAAUAGGCCCUUGGUGGCCCCCAAAGUCUCUGGGCCAGGGCCGGGGUGGGAGUAUGAAUAAGGCUGUAUACAUCAAGCCAGAAUUCCUCCUGACUUUGUAUAGAACUAAAUUAAGUUAUUGAUUUUUGUAAUAAAAGGUAUGACCAGCUGACACCAUAGUUGCCUGUAGAAGGGACCAGCCAAUCUCCAGGGUGCGCCCUACUCUUGCCAGAGGGAACUCCUGGAAAGGAACCAGAGGCCAGCUCCCUAAUGUCCUAGAGCAGGAUAGCGCUGCCAAUGCUAGGGAUAAGCUUUGUUUUACAGCUGAAUGAGAAGCCACCAGAAAGCCUCUUCUCACCUCUGCCACCUUCACAUCCUUCUCCCUGAGCAGAGGGGCUUUCUGUCCCUGUCUCCAGAGCCUCCAUUGUCCCCUCUCAGGUUACUGUCCCCUAGAGAUUGUCUCUUACCUUGGAGAUAUUGGGAUUGCAGCUAAUCACAGAAAUGCCCCAUUCCCAAAGUAGACAAGACCACUUUACUUUCAAGAAUUCUUGACCCUCGGAGUACCCCCUUCCUGCAAUUGACAGGAGAUACUGGCCCUUUACUCUCCCAGCACCAGGGAACAAAGCAGCCAGAGCUGCCCCCAAAAGCAACUUAGAGGCCAAAGCAGGCAGAGGUUUAACUAUGGUAUGGUCACCCGCAGUUGUUAAAGUCUGAAAUCACUGUGUCCUGAGUCCCUGAGUUCCCUUCCAUUGUGCCUCUGCCCUGCCCCAGUCCUGGGACCCUCCACUCGGACAGUCAUUCCCAUUGUCCUAGUCACCUAGGCUGUGCUUGGUCAGGCUCCAGCCUCCAGCCCUGCUCCAUUCAGAGUCUGGCUAGGGUCUGUUUUGAUUGGUUAAUGUCUGUGCCUCAGUGUUUGUGAAAUAUUUUGACCCGGUUAUCCUGGGUCAGGGUGACUGACCUGAAGGGUGGGCAGGAGGAAAUGAUAACCCCACAGCUGCCUAUAGGACUUUCAGCCCUCCUCCUGUGCUGAGAAUGCUCCACCCCUUCACCUCCACAGUUUGAAUCCUUCUCACAGGGCCAAGUUAAUUAUUACUCAGAGAGAGGUCAUUCUCUCAGGGGCAACAGCCUAGGAGUCACCACUCAGGCCUGGCUCUAAGGCUUCCAGCUUAGGACCAUGCCGCCUGCCCGUUAUGGAUACCCAGUGCCAGCACUAAGGACAACCCUGUGCCUUCUCCCAGACCCCUUAGUAUAGAACCACACAGUUCAGAUGCCACAACGAUUCACAGAACUCAGAUGUAUAGCUCAGGGCCACCCACACAGACAACUCUCUCUCACACAUACACACACACACACACAACAGACCCUCCGUUGACUCCCGCAUAGUACUGGGAAGCAUGUGGCAGCAGAUCCCCCCAAAAGCAUAUGUACCCAAGUCACACAGUCACAAUACUAUGCACCCUUGCACCCAUGCUGCUUGAAGACACCUCCAAUCUGCAUAUACCUUCUGCUUAUCUUACUUUAUUUUUUAAUGUGUAUGGAUAUUUUGCCUGCAUAUAUGUGAGCAUUAUGUGCAUGCCCAAUGCCCUCAAAAGCCAGAAGAGGGCAGCAUAGAAUCCCCAGACACUGGAGUUAGAGAUGCCUGCGAUCCACCAUAUGGGUGCUUGAAAUAGAACCUGAGUCUUCUGGAAGAACAGUCAGUGCUCUUAACUGCUGAACCAUCUGUGAGGGUUUUAAUGACCCAUAAGCUUGUGUUUGAUGACAGGGUCCCCAGGUGGUGAAACUGUGUUGCCUUGGUGGAGAUGUGUCCCUGAGGGUGGGCUCUGAGGUUUCAAAAGUCUCACCCCACUCCCAGUUAGCUCUCUGCUUGCUGCUUGCAGAUCAAGAUGUGAACUCUCAGCUGCCAGUCACCUACCUACCUCUGUCUCCUUCAUAAACUCUAAGCCUCUGGAACUAUAAAGAAUUAAAUUUCCUCUGCUACACUU